AUGACAGAGAUAUUGAAUGUCCUAGUCAAUGACGGAUCAAGUGUAGGCGCUUGUACACUUGAUCUGAUUGCGCCUCCGAAGUUGACUUCGGAGAUCACUCAGUUGCCAACGCUCGACCACAAAAGGUUCUUGCGUGAUCUGCGUAGUGGCAAAGUCAAGCAGAUCUGCGUACUCGUCGCUGACGACGAGUGUGUAACCGACAUAAGGUCAGCAACAGUGUUCACUGAGAACAAGAGAGUUCUCAGUAGUUCAUCUAAGGACGAGAGCGUCCUGGAUGAAAAGACACGAGUUGAGCGAUAUGACUCUCAAUCAUGGGAAUCGCUCAAGACAAAUCCUCUCUAUGAAGAUUUGGUUGAAUUCAAGGAUGUAUUCCCUGAAACUGCUCCGUGCGAAUUACCGAAGGAUAAAGGUACUCGACACGAGGUCGAGCUUGAACCAGGCUCGAAGUACUGUGUCAUGAAGCAGUGGCCACUGCCUCGUGAACAAGUACUUGCGAUCGACAAGUUCUUUGCCGAUCGUUUAGCUGCGGGCCAUGUGAGGGAAUCAACUUCCCCACAUAGCUCUCCGACCUUCUGUGUGCGAAAAGCAACAGGAGGGUGGCGGAUAGUGCACGUGUUCAACAAAUUGAACGCUGCAACGGUACCGGCUCAGACGCCGAUACCGAGGAAGGACGUAAUCAUUGAUGGUAUGUCAAAGAGUACCAUCUUUUCGUCCAUGGAUUUGAUGGAUGGCUUCUAUCAAAUCCUUAUGCGAGAACGGGACAUACCCUAUACCGCAGUUAGCACGCCUAGCGGCAUGCUCUGGGAAUGGCUAGUAAUGCCACAAGGGCUUAGUAAUGCUCCUGCCACUUUCAACAGAUGUGUAUCACAUCUGUUGAGACCAGUACGAGAAUUCGCGCCGAGUUAUUUCGAUGACGUAUUCAUCCAUAGUCGAGCUAUGGAUGGAAAGUCGGACGUUGAGGUCCACAGGUACCACGUCCGACAGGUUCUUACAAUCAUGCGAAAGCAUCAAUUGUAUGCAAACCUCAAGAAGUGUAUAUUUGCAGCAAGCGAAAUACCACUUCUUGGGUGCAUCGUUGGUAAGAACGGUGUACGUCCUGAUCCCGAAAAGAUCAAGGCGACCACCAACUGGCCUGUGCCGGUUGAUGUCAAAGGUCUUCGAAAAUUCCUUGGGCUAGCGGCGUACUUGCACAAGUAUUCACGCAAUUACGCCGAGAUGACUGUGCACCUCUCUCGUUUGUUGAAAAAGAACGAGAGGUGGUUAUGGAACGCUGAAUGUCAGCGCUCCUUUGAUGGUAUCAAGCAGAGCUUGAUACAAUCCCCAGUCCUAGCAAUAGCCGAUCAGGACAGGCCAUUUCAUGUGGUCUGUGAUGCCAGCGAUUUCGCAAUCGGCUGUGCAUUAAUGCAGUACGAUCUGGAAGGCGUUGAACGCGUCGUCUGCUAUCAGUCGCGUCAGCUGCAAUUAGCUGAGCGGAACUAUCCAGUGCAUGACAAGGAACUCCUUGCCAUGAAGUAUGCACUCGCAAAGUUCAGAGUCUAUUUAUUAGGAGAUACACCCUUCAUUGUUUACACUGACCAUGCAUCAUUACGCACGGCAGUGAACAGCCCGCACCUUUCACAACGAAUGGCGCGGUGGUUGUCAUUCUUUGCGGAAUACAACUUUACGGUCGAGUACAAACCAGGACGACUUAAUGUCGUCGCUGAUGCACUCUCACCUCGUCCCGACUUUGAAACAGUCGCGAAACCCAACAGUGGGACAGUCACUGUUGCGGUUAUGUCGUCCUCAGUCCCAUCUACAACGUUGUAUGAUGAUGUGAGGCGGGCAUACGCCCAAGAUGCCGUUACUGGUGACACACCACGUGUUGUCAUUCCAGAUGAUACUGAUCUGCGUUUGCGGAUCAUGUUCGAGUAUCACGAUGCUCCUAUAGGAGGACAUCGUGGCCGAGAGAAAACAUAUCUCACGGUAAGUCGAGACUUUUACUGGCCCCGCCAGUAUCAGUUUGUGCUAAAGUAUGUUCGCGCAUGCGAAGUCUGCCAACGAGUGAAGUCAAGUCCUUCACUGCAAGCACCUUUACAGCCUCUACCGGUUCCGGCUGAGCGCUGGGAAUCCAUCUAG